CAUUCUAUUUGUCUCUCUCUUCAAUUUCUCUUUCUCUCUCUAACUUGCACCUAUUAGAGCGACCCUCUUCUAUCUUUCUCUCUCUACCGCGGUCUCUUUUUUCACUUUCUCUUUCUCUCUCUAUAUCCGCCCCCUUCUGUGCGGAGUGAGAAGAGGUCCCUGCAGCCUGUCGUCAUUGUGGGCAUGUCAUGGAUAUUGUCUCUUGAAAAGAGUAGAAGCAACGUAUCUGUGCAACGAUUUAUUCAGUAUUUAGUUUGUAUCCUUAUGCAUAUGAGAUGGGUUCUCGAGGAAGGCUGUUAUUUGAUCUCAAUGAGCCACCUGCAGAGGAUAAUGAUGAUAGGGAUAACGACAGGGAGGGUAUUGUCUGUAUCCAGCCCCAAAAGAUGCUCCCAUCAACCAAUCCCCAUGCGUCUGACUUAUUUGCAACAUCAACUGCUGCCCAAGGAAUAAUAAAUAAUCAUGCUUUUUCACAUGCGUCAUCUGUCUCUGGAUUUCAACCUUUUGUUCGGCCAAAAUCCACUGGUGUCCCUGAAUCGGAUGCUGAAUCAAAGAGAGCAGGAGAUCAAGAUGCAAAGGUUUCCUCUAAGUCAAGUAAAGAUGAAGAUGUUAAAGUUACAGAUUCACGGAUAUUAAGUUUGACAAAUCCUCAAUCUAUGGAGAGGGAAGAAGGGGAAUGGUCUGAUGAGGAGGGCUUUACAAAUGCUAAUGGAGGUAAUAAUGCUAAUGCAAAUGGAGGCAAUAAUUUGGCACAGCGAAGUCAAGCAUCAUCAGAAGAGCCUGUAACAUCUGGAAUGGUGGAUGGGGGUGUUGCAGUGGCUUCUGACAGUAAGUCUAGAAAUAUUAAGAGUUCUGAUAGUAUAAAUGAUGAAAAGAGUAGCCAUGCUUCUAUAGGUGUAGAAUCAAAUCCUAGUGAACAGAAAAGCAAUAGUAUUCCAAAUUCAGAUAGCAAUGUAAAAAGUGAAGCUUCUAUUGAUGCACAGGAGGAACCCACUUUAAUUCCCAAGCAAAAAGAAGUGAAAGGUAUUGAAGCAAGUCAUGCACUUAGGUGUGCAAAUAAUCCUGGGAAGAGGAAGAUUGACCAACGUAAAGAGGAAAUGUUGGGAAAGAAACGGAAUAGACAGACCAUGUUUCUUAACUUGGAAGAUGUCAAGCAAGCUGGUCCUAUUAAAACCUCAACCCCUAGAAGGCAGACUUUCUCAUCACCCAUCAUAAGUCGUACCAUAAAGGAAGUUCGCACUGUUCCUGCACAAGUUGAGCGUGUCGGAAUAUCCAAGGAUCAUAAGCUUACUGACACAUCUUCUGGUGAAGGUGGCAACCAUGCUGAAGCACAUGAACCAAAAUCUGAUUGUAAUGGUGAUACUUCUGGACCACUUGUCAGAACUAGGAGGCUAAAUAGUGAGACAGAACCUUCUACAGAGUCUAAUUUGCCACCUAUUCCAAGACAGGGUUCUUGGAAACAACUGACAGAUUCAAGGCAGCAGAAGAAUGCACUCCAUUCUAAUAGGAAGUUGGGACAGAGUGGUCAAAGCUCCAGUGAUAUCAAAUUAGGAAACAAGAAACAUCUUUCUAUCAAGAAGCAGACUCCUAUCAGCAGCCAGUCCCAGGACACAUCUGUUGAACGCCUUAUACGGGAGGUGACCAGUGAAAAGUUUUGGCACCACCCAGAGGAGACCGAGCUACAGUGUGUUCCUGGACGGUUUGAAUCAGUGGAAGAGUAUGUUAGAGUAUUUGAGCCUUUGCUUUUUGAGGAAUGUCGGGCUCAACUUUACAGUACCUGGGAAGAAUCAACAGAAACAGUGUCAAGGGAUACACAUAUUAUGGUGCGAGUGAAGGCAAAUGAGUCAAGAGAAAGAGGUUGGUAUGAUGUGAAAGUCCUUCCGGUACACGAGUUCAAAUGGUCAUUUAAGGAGGGUGAUGUUGCAAUCCUUUCAUCCCCUAGGCCUGGAUCAGUCAGAUCCAAGCAGAACAGUUCAUCUUUAGCUCAGGAUGAUGGGGAAUCAGAAAUCACUGGACGUGUGGUUGGUACUGUUAGGCGUCACAUACCCAUUGAUACUCGAGAUCCUCCUGGUGCAAUUCUACAUUACUAUGUUGGAGACUCUUAUGAUCCUAGCAGGGUUGAUGAUGAUCAUAUCAUAAGGAAACUACAAAGUGGAAGCAUCUGGUAUCUCACAGUGCUUGGUUCUCUUGCUACCACACAGAGGGAGUAUGUCGCCCUUCAUGCAUUUCGUCGCUUAAAUUUGCAGAUGCAAACUGCAAUCCUUCAGCCUAGUCCCGAACACUUCCCUAAAUAUGAGCAACAUACCCCAACGAUGCCUGAAUGCUUCACACAGAACUUUGUUGAGUAUUUGCGUAGGACCUUCAAUGAACCCCAGUUGGCUGCAAUCCAAUGGGCAGCAAUGCAUACAGCUGCUGGUACAAGUAGUGGGACAACAAAGAGGCAAGAACCCUGGCCAUUUACCCUUGUUCAAGGACCCCCAGGAACAGGAAAAACACAUACAGUAUGGGGAAUGUUGAAUGUCAUUCACCUUGUUCAGUAUCAGCACUACUACACCUCUUUACUUAAGCAUGUAGCACCUGAGAGCUACAAGCUCAAUGAUAUCAGUUCAGAGCAUGCCCCCACUGGUUCUAUUGAUGAAGUUCUUCAAAACAUGGACCAGAAUCUCUUACGAACUUUACCUAAACUGGUCCCAAAACCUAGAAUGUUAGUUUGUGCUCCGUCUAAUGCUGCCACUGAUGAGCUUCUUGCUCGUGUUCUUGAUCGUGGGUUUAUUGAUGGGGAGAUGAAAGUAUAUCGACCUGAUGUAGCUAGAGUUGGGGUCGAUUCUCAGACACGUGCUGCCCAAGCAGUUUCUGUAGAGCGUAGAACUGAACAGCUUCUUGUCAAGACUAGGGAAGAAGUUAUGGGAUGGAUGCACCAGUUAAAGAAUCGUGAAGCACAGUUGACUCAGCAGUUACAUUGUCUUCACAGAGAACUAAAUGCUGCUGCUGCUGCUGUUCGUUCUCAAGGAUCUGUUGGUGUUGAUCCUGACCUUCUUAUAGCCCGAGAUCAGAAUCGAGAUACUUUGCUACAGAACCUUGCUGCUGCUGUUGAAAACAGGGACAAGAUUCUGGUUGAGAUGUCUCGCCUUGCCCUUCUGGAAAGUAGGUUCCGUCCUGGUAGUGGUUUUAAUUUGGAAGAGGCUCGGGCUAGUUUGGAGGCCAGUUUUGCAAAUGAAGCCGAGAUAGUUUUCACAACAGUUUCUAGCAGUGGCCGCAAGUUGUUUUCUCGUCUUUCCCAUGGUUUUGAUAUGGUGGUCAUUGAUGAGGCAGCCCAAGCCAGUGAGGUUGCAGUUCUGCCUCCCCUCUCUCUUGGUGCCGCACGAUGUGUUCUUGUUGGAGAUCCUCAGCAGCUUCCUGCCACCGUUAUAAGCAAGGCGGCUGGAACAUUGAUGUAUAGUAGGAGUCUUUUUGAAAGGUUCCAACAAGCAGGAUGCCCGACAAUGUUGUUGUCUGUGCAAUAUAGAAUGCAUCCCCAAAUUCGGGAUUUCCCUUCUAGGUACUUCUAUCAGGGGCGUCUUACUGAUAGUGAAAGUGUGGCUAAAUUGCCUGAUGAGCCAUACUACAAAGACCCUUUACUAAGACCUUAUUUAUUCUAUGAUAUCAGACAUGGGCGUGAGUCUCACAGAGGUGGAUCAGUAUCUUACCAAAACAUACAUGAAGCACAAUUUUGUCUCCGACUGUAUGAGCAUGUUCAGAAAGCAGUGAAGUCUUUGGGCGUAGGAAAGAUUACUGUUGGCAUAAUAACUCCUUAUAAGCUGCAGUUGAAAUGCCUCCAGCGCGAGUUUGAGGAAGUCUUAAAUUCAGAAGAAGGGAAGGAUAUAUAUAUCAACACAGUAGAUGCCUUCCAAGGUCAAGAACGGGAUGUCAUUAUAAUGUCUUGUGUGCGUGCAUCCAGUCAUGGGGUUGGCUUUGUUGCAGAUAUACGACGAAUGAAUGUUGCCCUUACGCGUGCACGAAGGGCCCUUUGGGUCAUGGGAAAUGCAAAUGCUCUGGUGCAAUCUGAAGAUUGGGCUGCAUUGAUCAAUGAUGCAAAAUCUCGAAAUUGCUAUAUGGACAUGGACUCUCUUCCCAAGGAAUUUCUUGUGGCCAAGGGACCUGUUUACUCAUCAUUGCCUGGUAAGCCUGCCUCAAAUAUGAGGGGCAUGAGAUCAGGUGGACCAAGAUAUAGAUCAAUGGACAUGCAUAUGGAAUCCAGGUUGGGUGCACCACCAUCUGAAGAUGAUGAUAAUAUGGGUGCUCCUCCAGUUGGCUCCAGAAAUGGGAACCAUCGACCAACACGGUUUUCAAUGGAGAAUUCCUUGGAUGAUUUUGAUCAUGGGGGUGACAAAUCCAGAGAUGCCUGGCAGUAUGGUAUACAGAAGAAGCAGAACUCAUCUGGAACCAUGGGAAAGAGAGACGUAUAACCAUUCCUUAUCUGCAGAUUCUUCUGCAUCACGGGGAGAUUUGUGGACUGUUUGAUUCCUUCAUCCUGUGAUCUCCCGCUGCUGAAAGCUCUCCGGCCGCAAUAUUGGGGCUUUCGGCGAAGCUGUAUGAGCCACAAGAUUGUCAGUCUUGGAAGGGGAGAGGAGCAUGUUAUGGGGAUAAACCACCCUACUUUGUUGAAAUGCUGGUGUUUGGUUAUUACAAAUUUGUGCACAAAACUGGAUGUGUUGGGGGAAGACUGCAGACAGAUAAUUGCCAUGGAGCGAAUGGAUAAGACAAGGCAGGGCAGGGCAGGGGGGAAUGCUCAAUUUUGUAUCAGAAUGAAAGCAAGCUACAUUACAUGAUGAUUUUAGGGAUCUAAAGGGUCAACUACUGACUUUGUACAUACAAUCAUGGGUUCUCAAUCACAACAUUGUUUUAGCAAAUUGUUUGUGUUUCAUCAUUUCAUGACAAGCGGAAGUGUUUCACUUCCAAAGGAGAAAAAGGAAAUAUAGGGGUUACCCAUUUUCUUAUUUUACUUCCAAUACACCAAAAUGUGCUUGUAUGGAAACAUCUAUCAUUUAUUUAUUUAUUUAUUAAUUUUGUUGAAGA